AUGGGCUGGCAACUCAACUGCUGUCCUGCAUGUCAGCUGGAAGCAGUUGCAAUCUCAGCUGUCCAUUUCGCCUCCUUGGCUUUCUUGGAAUCGCGCUGGCCUGUGUCGGGCCUGGACCUAGUUUUCCUCGACAGCAGCUGGAACGACAUGACAGAAGAGGGGGUGGAACACCAGAAGAUGGCCGCGUGCGGCGGUGGAAACAUUUGGCAAACAGCUCUGCCGGGGCAUGCGAUGGCCUCCGGCGUUGGGGCAUACUGUGGUCAUGCGGGUGGUGAAGGGAUGGUGGAAGACUGCCAAAAGUUCAAGAGGGUUGAUGGUCAGCUUGCUCGAAUAGGUCGCACGUCGAACAACUUCCACAAUGCCACUUACGCGGAGGUGUCAUCUGUCCUCAUGGUUGAUGACGUUGCUCGUGCAUCACUGAAGCGAAUCUUUAGCUUUCCGGCCGAGACGGUCUUCAGAUCCGAAUUCCGCAUCAAAGCUUUGGGUUCCCUGUCGAGUGUUCAGAUUUGGAUGGGCACAUCAGAUGAUUGGAUCGGCACGACCGACACGCCGACAAAGGAGCAAGGUGCAUUCCGUAUGGGCGCAUUUGCCUCCGUACCGCAUGGGAAUGUUCUGCACGUCUUCUCGGGUGAUGAAGAUGUCUUCUUCUUCUCAACUCACCCUGAAAGUCAUGCCCUCAUCCUCUCCCACUACGGCCAUUGGAAUGACUUGGUUGGAGUGACGGCGUCAGAUUUGCACUCUUCCCAAUCUGAUGGGGCAUAUGGUGUUUAUGUGCCCGUGGGAUCUUUUGGCGCGGGCGAGAGCAAGUCAGUGAGUAUUUUCUUUGCGGCUGCCGAUGGUGCCCACUUGGCAGAGCUCCUCCACCAAGCGGAGGUACUGCAGACGCAGGCCCUGAAACUGGGGGUCCUCCCGAGUGGAGGCCUCGGGCAGCCGUUCUACAAGUCCAGCAGACGUGGGUGGACGAAGCUGACAUACAACAAGCAGAACCUGGACUGCAGCGUCAAGGUGGAUGGACACUUGACGGACAUCGGUCGUACAGGCGACGUAACGCUCGACGUCAAGAACUCGACCUACGCCAGAGCCAGCGGAACUUACAGCUUCCUUGGUGAUGGCAUGGUCUUCAAGGCCAACUUCAAGCUCCGGGCCUUGCAGCCGGUAUCCAGUGCGCAGGUGUGGUUGGGGACUUCCGAUGACUGGAUUGGGACAUCCGAUCGACCUACGAAGGUCCAAGGUGUCUUUCAAGGAGGCGACUUCGUUCCAGUUCCCCACGGCCGCAUCUUGCGAGUGCAAUCAGGUGAGGAGGACGUCUUCGUGUACUCGACUCACCCCGACAGCCACACUAUCAUAGAGAGACCUCCUAGCUCCCUUGCUUUCAAGGGCGCGACAGAAUCGGAGCUCCAUAGUUCAACUUCCGAUGGAGCCUAUGGCAUCUACGUCCGGAUCCCAGUGCCCGUGUCCUUGCAUGUCCUUGGUCUUCGCCGUGCUGUGCGAUGCUGCCCGGUGCUCCAGGUGCCAUUUGGCGCACUCGCCGCUGGGGAGAGCAAGUCGGCCAGCAUCUACUAUGCUGCCCCUCGCGCUGCAGCCAGACGAGCGACGCAAACCUUACAAUGUCACCGUGCAGCCAUGUGCAGCCACGAGGCAGCCGAUGCUGACAACUUGGCAGAGCUCCUCCACCAAGCGGAGGCCGCACACAACGCAGACGUGGUAAGCACCACGUCUUUACACACCACGGCCGCGCCCAUUACGACCGCCACGACCACCACGACCCUCCAGGUGCUGCAGACGCAGGCCCUGAAACUGGGGGUCCUCCCGAGUGGAGGCCUCGGGCAGCCGUUCUACAAGUCCAGCAGACGUGGGUGGACGAAGCUGACAUACAACAAGCAGAACCUGGACUGCAGCGUCAAGGUGGAUGGACACUUGACGGACAUCGGUCGUACAGGCGACGUAACGCUCGACGUCAAGAACUCGACCUACGCCAGAGCCAGCGGAACUUACAGCUUCCUUGGUGAUGGCAUGGUCUUCAAGGCCAACUUCAAGCUCCGGGCCUUGCAGCCGGUAUCCAGUGCGCAGGUGUGGUUGGGGACUUCCGAUGACUGGAUUGGGACAUCCGAUCGACCUACGAAGGUCCAAGGUGUCUUUCAAGGAGGCGACUUCGUUCCAGUUCCCCACGGCCGCAUCUUGCGAGUGCAAUCAGGUGAGGAGGACGUCUUCGUGUACUCGACUCACCCCGACAGCCACACUAUCAUAGAGUCCCACUAUGGCCAGUGGGACGACGUGAUAGGCGCGACAGAAUCGGAGCUCCAUAGUUCAACUUCCGAUGGAGCCUAUGGCAUCUACGUGCCAUUUGGCGCACUCGCCGCUGGGGAGAGCAAGUCGGCCAGCAUCUACUAUGCUGCAGCCGAUGCUGACAACUUGGCAGAGCUCCUCCACCAAGCGGAGGCCGCACACAACGCAGACGUUGUAAGCACCACGUCUUUACCCACCACGGCCGCGCCCAUUACGACCACCACAACCACCACGACCCUCCAGGUGCUGCAGACGCAGGCCCUGAAACUGGGGGUCCUCCCGAGUGGAGGCCUCGGGCAGCCGUUCUACAAGUCCAGCAGACGUGGGUGGACGAAGCUGACAUACAACAAGCAGAACCUGGACUGCAGCGUCAAGGUGGAUGGACACUUGACGGACAUCGGUCGCGACGUAACGCUCGACGUCAAGAACUCGACCUACGCCAGAGCCAGCGGUGCCUUAACGGUGUCUGGGAUGCCCAAGGUGCAACUCACUAGAACUUACAGCUUCCUUGGUGAUGGCAUGGUCUUCAAGGCCAACUUCAAGCUCCGGGCCUUGCAGCCGGUAUCCAGUGCGCAGGUGUGGUUGGGGACUUCCGAUGACUGGAUUGGGACAUCCGAUCGACCUACGAAGGUCCAAGGUGUCUUUCAAGGAGGCGACUUCGUUCCAGUUCCCCACGGCCGCAUCUUGCGAGUGCAAUCAGGUGAGGAGGACGUCUUCGUGUACUCGACUCACCCCGACAGCCACACUAUCAUAGAGAGACCUCCUAGCUCCCUUGCUUUCAAGGGCGCGACAGAAUCGGAGCUCCAUAGUUCAACUUCCGAUGGAGCCUAUGGCAUCUACGUCCGGAUCCCAGUGCCCGUGUCUUUGCAUGUCCUUGGUCUUCGCCGUGCUGUGCGAUGCUGCCCGGUGCUCCAGGUGCCAUUUGGCGCACUCGCCGCUGGGGAGAGCAAGUCGGCCAGCAUCUACUAUGCCGCCCCUCGCGCUGCAGCCAGACGAGCGACGCAAACCUUACAAUGUCACCGUGCAGCCAUGUGCAGCCACGAGGCAGCCGAUGCUGACAACUUGGCAGAGCUCCUCCACCAAGCGGAGGCCGCACACAACGCAGGCCUCGGGCAGCCGUUCUACAAGUCCAGCAGACGUGGGUGGACGAAGCUGACAUACAACAAGCAGAACCUGGACUGCAGCGUCAAGGUGGAUGGACACUUGACGGACAUCGGUCGCGAUGUAGCGCUCGACUACAAGAACUCGACCUACGCCAGAGCCAGCGGUGCCUUAACCGUGUCUGGGAUGCCCAAGGUGCAACUCACUAGAACUUACAGCUUCCUUGGUGAUGGCAUGGUCUUCAAGGCCAACUUCAAGCUCCGGGCCUUGCAGCCAGUAUCCAGCGCGCAGGUGUGGUUGGGGACUUCCGAUGACUGGAUUGGGACAUCGGAUCGGCCCACGAAGGUCCAAGGUGUCUUUCAAGGAGGCGACUUCGUUCCAGCUCCCCAUGGCCGCAUCUUGCGAGUGCAAUCAGGUGAGGAGGACGUCUUCGUGUACUCGACUCACCCCGACAGCCACGCUAUUAUAGAGUCCCACUAUGGCCAGUGGGACGACGUGAUAGGCGCGACAGAAUCGGAGCUCCAUAGUUCAACUUCCGAUGGAGCCUAUGGCAUCUACGUGCCAUUUGGCGCACUCGCCGCUGGGGAGAGCAAGUCGGCCAGCAUCUACUAUGCCGCAGCCGAUGCUGACAACUUGGCAGAGCUCCUCCACCAAGCGGAGGCCGCACACAACGCAGACGUUGUAAGCACCACGUCUUUACCCACCACGGCCGCGCCCAUUACGACCACCACGACCACCACGAUCCUCCAGGUGCUGCAGACGCAGGCCCUUAAACUGGGGUUCCUCCCGAGCGGAGGCCUCGGGCAGCCGUUCUACAAGUCCAGCAGACGUGGGUGGACGAAGCUGACAUACAACAAGCAGAACCUGGACUGCAGCGUCAAGGUGGAUGGACACUUGACGGACAUCGGUCGCGAUGUAGCGCUCGACUACAAGAACUCGACCUACGCCAGAGCCAGCGGUGCCUUAACCGUGUCUGGGAUGCCCAAGGUGCAACUCACUAGAACUUACAGCUUCCUUGGUGAUGGCAUGGUCUUCAAGGCCAACUUCAAGCUCCGGGCCUUGCAGCCAGUAUCCAGCGCGCAGGUGUGGUUGGGGACUUCCGAUGACUGGAUUGGGACAUCGGAUCGGCCCACGAAGGUCCAAGGUGUCUUUCAAGGAGGCGACUUCGUUCCAGCUCCCCAUGGCCGCAUCUUGCGAGUGCAAUCAGGUGAGGAGGACGUCUUCGUGUACUCGACUCACCCCGACAGCCACGCUAUUAUAGAGUCCCACUAUGGCCAGUGGGACGACGUGAUAGGCGCGACAGAAUCGGAGCUCCAUAGUUCAACUUCCGAUGGAGCCUAUGGCAUCUACGUGCCAUUUGGCGCACUCGCCGCUGGGGAGAGCAAGUCGGCCAGCAUCUACUAUGCCGCCGCCGAUGCCGAUCGAUUGGGGGAGCUGCUCAUGCAUGCCAGCCAAGCUUCACAACAAGAUGCCGACACCACGACCACACCAGAACCAGCCGAAGUGGAACACAUCCUGAAAUCCUCGACGAUGCAGUUUGACCUUCUCACAGAAGGAGGUCUUGGCGAUCCCCUUUACCAUUCUGCACUCAUGGACUGGACGAAGCUGACUAACGACCAUCAGAACAUGGAAUGCACCGUAAAGGUGAAUGGCAGACCGGUGGACUACAACAGUGAUCCACAUGAAGUGUAUUUCAGCAACUCGACCUAUGCCACAGCCGUUUCGUCAUUGUCGUUGGACGGAACUGAUGUAGCAGUUCUGACACGGAGAUACACGUUCCUGGAAGACGGCCUUGUCUUCCGUGCCCAGUUCACUAUUGCCGCGCUGGCCGAUAUCCCAAACCUACAGGUGUGGAUGGGAACGUCCAAUGACUGGCUUGGGGACAAUGACCGGCCCACGAAGGAACAAGGUGCUUUUCACGGGGAUGAGUUUAUUCCGAUGCCAACAGCACAAGUGUUGCGGCUUCGAUCCAGAGGGGACACGAUGUUCUUCUUCUCGAACCACCCUGACAGCCACGCUAUCAUUGUGGAGCACUCCGGGCGCUGGCAGGACGUAGACGCGCUCACCUCUUCCGCAGCGAGAACAUCGGUCGCCGAUGGCGCAUAUGGCAUCUAUGUGCCCUUUGGAAAGUUCUCCUUGGGUGAGACGAAGUCGGCGAGCUUCUUCUAUGGGGCGACAGACGCGGAUCGCGUAGUGGACCUCGUGCCAGCGUCAGCCAGGGUUUUCCGCAAUUAUCCGAUGCCGCCGACGAGGUCCAAUCUCUUGGUACAGGAUUACGAGCAAUGUCAAGAUGGCUCGGCAAAUUCAUCUGUGGACUGCGCAAGAGCCGAUUUCUGCUGGAAUCACAUGGCAGUCGUCCAUAGCGACUGUCGAGUCCUUUUCGUUUCAACAAUGAGCAUCGAUGAGCUGAAGAAAUACACAUGCGGCAAAUCUACGUGUGUGGCUGCAGCCAGGACCGCCCAGAUCAUGUGUGGCCGAACCUAUGCCCUGGACACCAGUUGGUUGGCACCUGUCUUCUUCUACUACGAUCGAUACUGUAGCGACGAAUAUCACGUGACGGACCUCGUGAAUGACCACAGCAGUUGCGAGUUGUCGCUUCUGGACAGGCUGGAUGGCUUUUGCGAACGAGUGACGCGCUGUUACACGGAAGCGGGCGCUUUCGUGCGAAACUGCCGAUUGGACCUUGCAACGAUGCAGGAGGUUCACGAUGUUGUGGAGAGCAAGGGGUGCGCAGAUGCUGCGGACCACGUGCUCGCUGAGUGUGGAGAUUACGACAGUAUCCGAAGCAGCACUGGUGCAAUUCGACAGUACCGGAAGUUCUUCCAGCAGUCUGGAUCAGCGCUACCUUCCCCUGCAGGUGUGAAUCCGUGGCCAGCGGCAAGCACCUCUCACUUCUUGACGCCGGCCUACGAGCGCUGCAUGACGACGGUGAACAUGUCGGAGAGGAACAGCGAGGCGUGUCACAAGGCUCUUCGCUGCCACAGCCUCAUAUCUGCGGCGACGUCGGCCUGUGAAGUGAUAUGGCUACCAACGAUGGAAACCUCCUCGCUUUCUGCCUCCGUCUGUGGCAGGUCGCUUUGUGGCACUUUCGCAAGUCGCGUGGAGGAAGAGUGUGGCCACUUCCACCGGGCGAGAAGCGCUUUCGGCCCGGUCAUGUCGUACAGGCGCAAGUACUGCCCAGACUCGGGUUACACAGACAUGAUCAAUGACCUCUACGUGUGCAGGCUGACUCCAAAGAACAGCAGCACCCGAUCCCACUGCGAUGAUGCGGCCUUCUGCCAGGAGCAGAUCUCCGCAGUAGAUCGGUCAUGUUUGGUCCUCACCGAAAACUUAGAGGAAUCUGCGGACAACGUCUGCAGUGAGAAAUGCAGGACCUUUAUCAACAACUCACUGCAUUUUUGCGCCAAGUACAGCGCCAUGACCGACAGCCUCAAGGCAUACCAAGCGUAUCAAGAAGCUCUUGCAUGCGGUUCAAAUGCGGACGCGGAGUUCUUCUCCAGGUCCUAUAAGUCCAUUGUGGGCUUAUUCUCUGCCACUCAAGGUGUAGCAGGCGCCAUGGUCAUUGGGACUUUCUUGGCAAGUGUGAGUAUAGCUUUGCUGGCACUUCGCACGCUCAGCUUGGGCGGACUGCCGCCGCGCAUGUGCUACGCGAGGGUCACAUCUGAAGAGCAGGUGCCGCUGACCAGUCGCAGCAUAGACGGGUUUGAUGGGUUCGAUAGUGAUGCCUGA